AUGGUGACUCCGUCGUCUUCGGUGACCUCAGCGUCCCCGCCAACGACCUACCUACAGCCCUACAGCCCUUCUACAUCGAUGGAUGUGGAUCCAAUAGAGAAGGAGGAUAGGCUGAAAGCUAUCCAGAAAGUCAUGGCGAGUACGGAGCUUUCGAUGGCGGCCAUUCGCGCCAACGAUAUAGAAGGGCAUUCAGAGUAUCGUUUAUUCUGUACUGCUCGUAUACCGGAUCCCCCGCUGAGAUUGCUGUGUGUGACGCGCAAUCUUCGCGCCCGUCUCUCGUAUGCCUCAUACAAGGCCACCCAUAAUAUCCCUCAUGUCAAACUGAUCGACCUCGAGGCGAAAACCCGUGCCCUGGCUGCUGCUCCACCGCGCCUGAUCGGCACCAAGCGCAAGGCCACCACCGGCAAUAACUAUUACAACAAUCCCGCCACACAAGGCACAGUCGCAAGGCGUGGAGCUAUGGCUCCUCCCGCCGUAUCUGCGACUUCUGCCCUAUCCGUUCCUCGUUCCCACUAUCCCACGACUGUGACAGGUUCCAGUCCCAACGCGACUCAGAGCCUGUUUACCACCCUUCUCGGACCUCCUCCAUCGAAACAAGCUCGAACAGUUCGCAACUCAACAGAUCCUCCUGUCCAGGCAGCCGCCCGCUCGACUGCCGGAUCUCGGUCCCGAGGAUCGGACCGUGCCUCUGCCGUACGCAGCAUAGCAGAGAGCACCCGUGCACAGUCCCGUAGCCGCAAGGAGGAUACCACUCGGUCCAAACCCAAACGGGGCGACAAGGGCAAGCAGAAGGCGUCCGUGGCGGACUCGGCGGAUGUAGAGAGGCAGGCUGUGGCCACUUUGACAUCGCUUUUCCAGUCGCGUCCUUCCGUGGCUAGCGUGUCAUCUCCGCGGUCCACGCUCUCUACCGCGUCUGACGCGAGCUCAUUCCAGUCUUUGUCGCAAUAUGCACAAAGUUCUGCUCGCACAACGACAGCAGCAACUUCGCUGCUGCCAUCAACCGAGUCAUCAUUUAGCAUGCCUCGGGCAGCUACCCCACCCCGUAACUCGGGUGACAACAUCUACUCCACACCUCACACAAAUGACGAGGAGGCUGCUAACCUCAUGCUUUAUCUACAUACAUCGCCGUCGCCCGCACGCCCUACAACCACCCGGGACAGGGAUACCCAAGAUUUUGCAGCCUACAGAGCCCUUGGAAGCGGUUCAGCAUCUCUCCUUACUAAGGGAAAGAUCCUUUUUCCAGGCCAGGAUACUAGAAGCUCGCUGAGAUCAGAAUGCAGCCUUACCUCAGAGACUUUACCUUCUAGCCAAGAUAGUACGCAAUCUUUGAGCCAGCCAUUGCGAUUGGAUGUCGCUUCCCCUGGAUCUCUCGCGCCUGCGCCAUCUUUAGAGCAAACGAUUAUUCCACCUACUCCAACUUUGAGUGCUGAAUCCUCAUCACUGUUACCAUCUCCACCUUCACCUUCUAGGCGCAGUGAUACUUCGAACGGUUAUUCGGGUUCGCCAUCAAGCAGCCUUCACGCCCCACCCACUCCGGGGAAUGUCCCAUUCAAUCUCAAUGACUUUAUCAAUGUUUCUCCCUCCCCUGCCUUUACAGCCGCGCCGCGUGCAGCAGUAUCUCUCAAAUCUGGUCCGAGUGCUAACCUGCGUGCGGAUGUCGGCAGAAAGCUUUUUGAAGAAGAGCAGCAGCGGCACCACUACCAGGGCACUCAUGGCACCGUCAGCGGUUUCACCGACAUCCAUCAUGACAGAGGCGGCGUCCUCGGUGCUAGUAUCGACCUCGCAAGCACUUGA